AGAGACCUGGCGAGCUUUGUGCAUAGCCCGGGUGGAAUGCGGCUUCGAUGGGCUUGACGUGUUCGGAUUUGCAGCAGGAGUGCGACCGGGACAAGAAGUGCUAUGUGGAUCAGAACGAGAUGAAGUUCUCCUCUCGUUCCAAUGUGAAGCUGAGCGGAGCCAGUGGGCCGAGCGCCACUUGGUUCUCCUCGAGAUCCACCGCGGCCUCCUCUUGCAGUCUGCAGACAAACCAAGGGUCACAAGGACAGAGACUCUCCCCUCAAUCUGUGAGCUGGGCAGAUGGUUUGUGCAGACAGCGAGGGGCGUCACUAGGUCGCGUGCAGCUGACACCCAAGGCAUCUUCCUUUGCCCACGGUGCAAUUGCAACCCCGUACGUGCCAGCUCGGUGAUUGCCAGCGCCCAAUCUUGUUGGUGGGGGAGGCAUGUUCAGCCACCUUGGCAUCACGCCGUGAAUCGCAUUCUCAGGCCACGCUGUUGGUCCGAGUCGCCGGCUCAGGAAUCGUCAGCCGGUCUCCGAGAUCGGGCGUAUCUGGCAUCUGAAUCAAUUCGCAGUGCAUGGAAACUCUGCUUGUCUUAUUCAAGCAGGACGUGUCAACCAUGGCCUAUAUCAGUUUGUCGU